AUGCUCAUUGUCCUUAUGCCCUCCCGGCUCAACGCGCCCUCAACCGAGGAGCGCUCUUCCCGGGCCAGCAGCGGGCUCGGGGGCCGGAGCAGCCCGGCCAUGAAGGAGCUCCCAGCUGAGCCUAAGGACCAGCAGCUCAUGGUAGCACUUCGGAUCCGCCCAAUUAAUGAUACUGAACUGGAUGAGGGAGCUUCAGUCAUUGCCCACAAAGUGGGUGAUCAGAUGGUGGUGCUUAUGGACCCAGACGAAGAUCCAGAUGAUGCUUUGAGAGCCAACCGUUCCCGUGAAAAGACAUUUAUAUUUGAUAUUGUUUUCGACCAGCAAGCUUCCCAGGAGGAGGUGUACUGUUCCACAACUCAACACUUAGUGGAAGGAGUAAUUUCUGGAUACAAUGCAACAGUCUUUGCAUAUGGCCCAUCAGGAGCUGGUAAAACUUACACUAUGCUGGGGAUGGACUCUGAGCCUGGAAUCUAUCUCCAGACAUUGAAUGAUCUCUUUCAGGCCAUUGAAGAGACUAGUGAUGACAUGGAAUAUACAGUUUCCAUGUCCUACCUAGAGAUUUAUAAUGAAGUAAUCCGUGACCUCCUGAAUCCAUCUUCAGAAUUUCUGGAGCUGAGAGAAGAUUCCAAAGGAAGCAUCCAGAUAGCAGGAAUUACUGAGGUCUCCACCACAAACGCCCAAGAGAUCAUGCAGCUGUUAAUUAAAGGGAACAAGCAGCGGACUCAGGAACCCACAGCAGCAAACAAGACUUCUUCCCGUUCCCAUGCUGUCCUGCAAGUCACUGUGAAACAAAGAAGUCGGGCGAAGGAUCUUUCUGAGGAAGUUCGAGUGGGAAAGCUUUUCAUGGUCGAUUUGGCAGGGUCAGAGAGAGCAUCCCAGACGAAGAACCGAGGCAAGAGAAUGAAGGAGGGAGCUCACAUCAACCGUUCUCUGCUGGCUCUUGGCAAUUGCAUUAAUGCACUGAGUGAAAAGGGGGGAAGCCGGUCCCAGUAUGUAAAUUUUCGGGAUAGCAAACUCACACGCUUGUUGAAGGAUGCCUUAGGAGGGAAUAGCAGAACUGUGAUGAUUGCCCACAUCAGCCCUGCUAGCACUUACUUCGAAGAAUCCCGGACAACCUUGAUUUAUGCCUAUCGAGCGAAAAAUAUCAAGACCAGGGUUAAACGUAAUCUACUGAAUGUCUCCUAUCAUAUCGCCCAGUACACUGAUGUAAUUUCAGACCUACGCAGAGAGAUAGAACAUCUGAAAUCAAAAACUGAGACGCAAGAAAAGGAGAAGAAAAAUGGACCUGAUACCAGAGAUGUGCAAGAGGUCCAUCAUGACUCAGAGGAAGACAGCCGAAUGCAGAUGAAUAAGAUUCGGGGACAAUUGAUUAGUGCAUUCAAAGAGCAGAUGGAAAUGAGACGGAGCCUUAUGGAAUUAGAAAACACAAAUAUUGAGCUGCAUAUUGAUACUUCCCGGCAUCUCUUGACAAUAGCUGACUGGGAACGAGAAAAGGCCCAUCAGGCUCACAAGGAGAAGGAUGAUGAAAAUGUGGAGGUUGAUGGUGAAGGAGAGGAGGGAGAGUCUAAUGAACCUCAUGAGGUUUCAGUGGCCAGAGAGGAGAUCAACAUGCUCUUGGCGGAGCAACGGAAAACAGCAGCCCUAAAGGCUGGGCUAGAGCAACGCUUAGCCAACACCAAGAAGAAAGCCUCCCAGAUGGAGAAAUUGUUGCCCAAACAAAUAAUUAACAAGGACCAGAGGGAGGUGCUGAGGCUUCUCUGUAAAGCUCACGAGCUGGAGGUAGAGAACACAGAGCUUCAGGCAAACAACUUGUACCAGAAGAACCUUUUGUGCCAGAAGGAUUUUGUGAUUCAGCGGUACCAUCAGCACAGGCUUCUCUGUGAGGAAAUCAUUCAGCAGCAGCGGGAGCUGAUAAAGGGUAACUGGAUUCCUGUACCAGAGCCACUGGAAAAGAGAUAUCGACUUUACUCUCAAGAAUUAGAGGAGGGGACCCUAAAUCGUCUACUUCUGCUCCACUCAGUGAUGUUUAACUCCCUCAGGGAUGGUUCUGUUCUGAAUAUAGCUCAACAGAUGGAGCUGCAUAAAGAGGAUACCAACAGAGACCAGCUUGACAAUAGGAAAGAUCUUCCUUGGGGAGCAAAGUUUGAACUUCCACCUAUCGUUAUAGAGCCAGACAGUGAAGGUUACAAGUCAUCAAAAGUCACUCCAUCUAAAAAACCAGGAAAGAGAGAUUCUCUUCUCACUCCGACUUCGUUCCGCCUCCUGAUAACUCCUCCAGUUCAUGAGAAACCUAAUUCUCUCAGCAUGAAAAAGAUGGUCUCCAAGUUAUGUUCUCCCACCAGUCUGGAUUUAAACAUGAAAAAAUUGGGUGAGGAUGUACCUGCCACCUCACUGAGUGCAGAGGCCUUGAAAGAGAUAGCAGUGAGUACAAAGAGCAUCUCUCUCAUUGCGGCCAGCAGGCGCUCCAAGACCCACGACCAAGAAGGAGGAAGCAGCCUUUCCACGAUGCAUUUGCUUGACGAGGGGGCAUCAGAACCAAAGUACUGGAAGCCUAAUCUGACUCCUGACCUGACAGAGUCUCAGAGGAAAGCUCAGACUGACAGGAAGCAAUUGCAUUCUAGUCCUAGGAGGGGAAGACAGAGACACAGCUCCCUGGAGCGCAGAGCCAGGAAGAAAAGAUCCCCCUCCUGUAUAAGAAAUGCUCAAAUGGGAACUGAGAAGCUCCCAAUUCCCAUGAUAGACCACCCUUCUGAAAAUCCAUCACCCCAAAGUCACCCCAUGCAACACUCUAAGACCACCAAGACCCUGUUCCCUGCAGUUCCUGUGGCCACCAAGACCAAAUUCCCCACCAGUCACCAUACAGAUGAAAACACACUGCAGGUACCUGAGAUAAGCUUCACUUUUCCCAGUGCCAUCUGGCAAUGCAAUCCAACACAGAACAGAGGGCCAGUCUUCCCCAGAGAGGUCAAAGGGUCUGCAGAUAAUAACACCAGUCAUCAUAACAUCAUAACUGGAAUCACCCGAAAACAACUGGGAGACAGUGCGAAGAAACAGGGGAGACCAAAAUAA